AUGAGGACACAUACGAAAGAAAAACCAUAUUCUUGUGAAAUUUGUAAAAAGUCUUUUUCUGAGAGUGGAAAUUUGAAAGUUCAUUUGAGGACACAUACAAAAGAAAAACCGUAUUCUUGUGAAAUUUGUCAAAAGGCAUUUUCUCAGCUUGGACAUUUCAAAAUCCAUUUGAGGACACAUACAAAAGAAAAGCCAUAUUCUUGUGAAAUUUGUAAAAAGGCAUUUUCUCAAAGUGGACAUUUCAAAAUCCAUUUGAGGACACAUACAAAAGAAAAACCAUAUUCUUGUGAAAUUUGUAAAAAGUAUUUUUCUAAGAGUGGACAUUUCAAAGUUCAUAUGAGGACACAUACGAAAGAAAAACCAUAUUCUUGUGAAAUUUGUAAAAAGUCUUUUUCUGAGAGUGGAAAUUUGAAAGUUCAUUUGAGGACACAUACAAAAGAAAAACCAUAUUCUUGUGAAAUUUGUCAAAAGGCAUUUUCUCAGCGUGGACAUUUCAAAAUCCAUUUGAGGACACAUACAAAAGAAAAACCAUAUACAAAAGAAAAACCAUAUUCUUGUGAAAUUUGUAAAAAGUAUUUUUCUAAGAGUGGACAUUUCAAAGUUCAUAUGAGGACACAUACGAAAGAAAAACCAUAUUCUUGUGAAAUUUGUAAAAAGUCUUUUUCUGAGAGUGGAAAUUUGAAAGUUCAUUUGAGGACACAUACAAAAGAAAAACCAUAUUCUUGUGAAAUUUGUCAAAAGGCAUUUUCUCAGCGUGGACAUUUCAAAAUCCAUUUGAGGACACAUACAAAAGAAAAGCCAUAUUCUUGUGAAAUUUGUAAAAAGGCAUUUUCUCAAAGUGGACAUUUCAAAAUCCAUUUGAGGACACAUACAAAAGAAAAACCAUAUUCUUGUGAAAUUUGUAAAAAGUAUUUUUCUAAGAGUGGACAUUUCAAAGUUCAUAUGAGGACACAUACGAAAGAAAAACCAUAUUCUUGUGAAAUUUGUAAAAAGUCUUUUUCUGAGAGUGGAAAUUUGAAAGUUCAUUUGAGGACACAUACAAAAGAAAAACCAUAUUCUUGUGAAAUUUGUCAAAAGGCAUUUUCUCAGCGUGGACAUUUCAAAAUCCAUUUGAGGACACAUACAAAAGAAAAACCAUAUUCUUGUGAAAUUUGUAAAAAGUAUUUUUCUAAGAGUGGACAUUUCAAAGUUCAUUUGAGGACACAUACAAAAGAGAAACCAUAUUCUUGUGAAAUUUGUAAAAAGUCUUUUUCUGUUAGUGGAAAUUUGAAAAUUCAUUUGAAGACACAUGCAAAAGAAAAGCCAUAUUCUUGUGAAAUUUGUAAAAAGGCAUUUUCUCAAAGUGGACAUUUCAAAAUCCCUUUGAGGACACAUACAAAAGAAAAACCAUAUUCUUGUGAAAUUUGUAAAAAGGCAUUUUCUCAGAGUGGAGAUUUCAAAAUCCAUUUGAGGACACAUACAAAAGAAAAACCAUAUUCUUGUGAAAUUUGUAAAAAAUCUUUUUCUGUGAGUGGAACUUUGAAAGUUCAUAUGAGGACACAUACGAAAGAAAAACCAUAUUCUUGUGAAAUUUGUAAAAAGUCUUUUUCUGAGAGUGGAAAUUUGAAAGUUCAUUUGAGGACACAUACAAAAGAAAAACCAUAUUCUUGUGAAAUUUGUAAAAAGGCAUUU